UCCAACCCCACAUUCACGAGUUGAGCCGCUGACACUCGCUCCUCCCACUCCCUGUCCUCCUCUCCACUCCGACGAAACCCUACCACCUCGCUCCAGUCCCACCCCGCCGCCAUGGUGCGCCCUCGCCACGUAUUCGCCUACGCUGAUGGGACGCCACAACUGGAGCUCCUCUGCGCGGCGACCACGGGCGACCUCGCUCACCUCGAGCGAAUGGUGAGGAAACUCGAUGGUGGUCGCGGCCGCCUUGCGGAGGCGGUGGAAGCCGUCAAGGAUCACGGCGCUGGGGCACUGCACCUGGCCGCCUCGGGCCAAAAUUUGGAGGUGUGCGAGUACCUGGUCGAGGAUGUCGGGGUGAAUGUGGAUGCCGUUGACGAAGCAGGAAGAACACCUCUGGUUUGGGCAAUUAUUGUUAAAGGUGGGCAAGUGGAUAUUGUUAAGUAUCUUCUUGAUCAUGGUGCCAAUCCAGAUAAUGCCGACAGAACAGGGAUUACUAAGAAUGCCAUAACUCAAUUUGUAUUCCAAACUUCUGAUUCAGGGCACUGUGAAGUAGUAGAACUCUUGCUCUCUAGAGGUGCUUAUGUCGAUCCGUUUUCUACGAUUGAUGGAACACCGUUGCAUGUCGCUGCUGAACAUAAGCAGGAAUGGGCCAUGAAGAUUUUGUUGGAUCAUCAUGCAGAUUGUAACAAGAUACUAAGAGGUUUCUUGACACCUCUCAACAUUGCUAUUGAAAGUCGCUCAGUGAAAUGUGUGAAACUACUGGUAAAGGCUGGUGCGGAUGUGAAGGGUCCCCGUAAUGCGACUCCCUUGCAAGGUGCUGCAAGACUUGGCCUAACUGACGCCCUUAAGUGCCUACUGGAUGCUGGGGCAGAUCCCAAUGAUCGAGAUGAACAUGGUCACUGGCCUAUACAAUUGGCAGCAUAUUUUGGUACACGCAAAGAUGUCGAAAUCCUAUUUGGAGUGACUUCUCGUAUUCCUGCUGUACAUGAUUGGAGUGUUGAUGGAAUAAUUAGUUAUGUAAAGGCACAGCCAAAGUUGGAGGAUCUCCCUUUGUCUAAAAUGACAGUAGCUGAAUUGAAAAAAGAAGGAUCCAAAGCUAUGUAUAAACAGGAUUACAAGGCGGCAUUAGAAAUCUAUAAUAUGGCGAUAACGCUUGAUCAUGACAAUAUUGAUCCAGUCAUCAUUGGCAAUAGGGGUUUUUGCCGGCUUAUAUUGCAUAGAGACGGUGCUUUAAAUGAUGCACAGAUCUGCAGGCAAAUACAACCUGACUGCCCACAUGCAUGCUGGCUGGAAGGCUACUCAUAUUUGCUACUACAGGAGUUUGAAAAGGCAUGUGAUUCAUUUCUUGAUGCUGUCAAACUGGAUCCAGGACAUGUUGGAAUCGAGAAGGCAUUAAGGGAGGCUCUGAGGUUGUUGACAGAAUCCGACGCCGAUAAGAAGAAUGGUGUAGAAGGACCUGGAUAUCGCCCCGUAUAUUUGUACCAUUGAAGAGAGCAAUUUGGCUAACAGAUGGACGUCCUAAACUCUUAAGAACUUGUUGCUUGGUACUGUGUACAUUGACAAUGCUCGAACGAUGGAACACCCAUGCCCUGUUUAUCUGUAGGUAGGUUGGCUGCUCCGGCCGCAACCCUGAAUUAGGCCAUGCACACUCAUGGCGAAUUGCUGCAGAUUGUUGUCGGCCAUGUGAUGGAUGGCAUUCUGAGGGCGAUGAUUCAGCUAGCUGGGGGGUAUCGGUAGAUUUGGACGUGAUCACACCACACCGAUAGUCGAUGGUGUAUGUGUGGACUUUCUCUUUGUCUUUCUUCCAGAUAAUCUCAAUAUCCUCUAUAACACUAUGCUUCCUAGUUUUGAAGAGCCCACAUUCGAUUGAGGUCUUUAAUUGAAAUUGGGUCACCUGAUUU